CCAGUAUCAGGUGAAAUGUCGUUCGAAAAGUAUCGAAUUCUGGUGUGGAAAAAUUUGACCAUUCAGAAGCGACACUAUAUAAGUGCAAUCAUUGAAGUGAUCCUACCAGUUAUUAUUGUGAUCCUAUUUACAUGGCUUCGUUCAAAUUUCCGUCACGAAAAUGAGCAACUCUACACAUCGAACUAUACAUUUACACCAUAUUUGUAUUGCUACGGCUGGGAUGAGCUACUUUCGAAAGUUGCUUACUCUCCUACAAGUGCAUGGACUGAGGAAUUUUUGAGAACGAUCUUCAACGAAAGUAUAUCGGAGUACGAAUCGUUCGACAGUGCUCAAACUUUGGAUGACUUCUUGGUUGCCGAGCAGCCGCGGAAUGUACUUGGAAUAGAGUUUGAUGAUUCGCUGAAGGACAUCAUUAACCCACCUGAUAUACUGAAAUACAGCAUAAGAUUUCCAUAUCCUGCGGAAAUUCAAUGGUUGCCAUAUUGUGCUAUGACGAUUCAAAAUGCGAUAGAUAAAAGUUUUAUCGCUACCGUCAAUCUGACUAGCAUUCCGGAAUUCGACUUCACAUCAUUUUCAUACUAUAGAUCGGCAACGGACGAGUUUAUUUAUUGGCUAAAAAUACUUCUGCCUUUGGUAUUAGUAUUAGCCACCUUCUACACAGCGACAAAAAUUAUCAAGAAUGUAGCAAUCGAACGUGAAAGUCAAUUGAAAGAAGCAAUGCGAAUUAUGGGACUAUCUAACACACUGCAUUGGACGGCAUGGUUGACCAGUUCAUUUUUCAUACCAAUUAUUGCCUACACACUUGUGACGGUUUUCCUAUGCGUGAAGAUAAUCCACGACCAAGCAAUCUUUCAGUUCAGCAGCUUCUUUCUGAUUUGGAUUUUCUUCGUAUUUUACAUCAUCGCCACUAUAACCUUCUGUUUUCUUAUCAGCGUUAUAUUCAAGAAAGCUUCAACAGCUGGCAGAGUGGGCUCGAUUCUAUUUGUUAUCAGUUACGCAUUCCAUUAUCAAUUCGGUGAUAAUUUUGCAUCGUUUAACUACAUUGUGAAGCUGCUGUUCUGUUUGCCAAUCAAUACGGGACUAGGGCAAGGAAUUUCGAUGAUUCUACAGCUUGAACAAGAUCGUGUUGGACUUCAGUUUGGAAACUUGGCGUCACAUGAUAAUUAUGUGAAAUUUUCAAUAUUGGAAGUUUUGCUUUCGUUUACAAUUGCGUCAAUCAUUCAUAUGCUGUUAACGGUUUACAUUGAGCAAGUGUUCACUGGAAGCAUUGGUGUUUCAAAGCCGUGGUAUUUUCCAUUGUCAGCGAUUAGAAAUUUAUUCAAAAAAUCUGAGAAUGGUCAUGCUGAGGAAGUCGACGUGAAAGAGAAACCACCAAGUUUGGCGAACCAAGAUUUCGAAAAGGAUCCGGAAAACUUAAAAGUGGGCAUAGAGAUAGUAGACCUGACGAAAAACUUUGGCAAUUCGACAGUUGUAAAUCAAUUUUCCUUGAACAUGUAUGAGAAUCAAAUAACGGUUCUUUUGGGUCAUAAUGGUUGCGGCAAAACAACCACAUUGAAUAUGUUAACUGGAAUGUUUUCGCCAACAUCGGGAACAGCUUUUCUAAACAAACACGAUAUUCGAAUGGAUAUCGAUCAGGCCAGAAAAUCUCUGGGCUUGUGUCCACAGCACAAUAUACUGUUUGAUGAACUGACCGUUCGUGAACACUUAAUUUUCUUCUGUCGCUUGAAGGGCGUCAACAAGAAGGAAGCCAUUGAAGAUGAAAUCAACAAAUACGUGAGCCUGUUGGAUUUUAAUGAUAAGAUUGAUGCGCUCAGCAAAACACUAUCCGGUGGACAAAAACGGAAAUUAUCAAUCGGAAUUGCUUUAGCAGGAGGAUCAAAUAUCAUAAUGUUGGAUGAGCCGACAUCCGGUUUGGAUGCUAGUGCACGUCGGUCACUGUGGAAUUUAUUGAUUGAAGAGAAAAAGGGAAGGACAAUUUUACUGACAACACAUCACAUGGACGAGGCCGAUGUUUUGGGUGAUAGAAUCGCCAUCAUGAAUAACGGCCAAUUGCAAACGGUCGGGUCAUCUUUUUUCCUGAAGAAGAGGUUCGGCUCAGGAUACAAAUUGAUUUGCGUAAAGAAGCAGGGAUGUAAUUCCAAUCAAAUUUUGAAAAUUCUACAAGACUUUGUUCCGGAUGCACAUCUGGAAUCCGACGCUCAAACGGAAGCUGUUUUCAUUUUGAACGAAGACCACUUGCCAACAUUUCCUAAAAUGUUCGAAAAAAUUGAGGAACUAACACAGAGUUUAAACAUUUCCAGCUUCGGUUUGUCUCUAACAACGCUAGAAGAAGUGUUCAUUAAAGUUGGAUCCGAUAGGACAGGCAGUGCACCGACUACCGACAAUAUUCUCUUAAAUGAUGUCAUUCCUACGAAAAAAGUGACAGGGUUUACACUCAUGCUGUAUCAGGUCUACGCAAUAAUUUUGAAAAAAUUUCAUUUUACCAGACGGAACUUCUACCCCAUUGGUUGGUUAGUACUAGUGACUGCUGGUUUAAUGUUCGUUUUUUUGGCAAUUCCAAUCGAAUUUGAUUCCUGGUACGCUUAUGAUCCUACAAUUCCAGAAAAUGUUUCACUUUCAUCUUUCAAUAAGACAGAAACUGGUAUCGCAAAUGAUGGAUCGAAUCCAUAUCUGUUUCUGAACUACGUAAGCCUUUUCGAGGGGAAAGAUACCAUUGAAGAAGUAGACAAUUUUGAAGAUUACAUUCUACAAAAGUAUCGAAUGUCCGAGCAAGGGACUUAUGAACGGAAUCUAUUUGGGUUAACAUUGAAAUCUGGAACUAUUACCGCUUGGACCCAGAGUAGUCGAUCGUCAUAUUUCCUUCACAUGGUAGGCUUAAAUCUUAUUCAUCGUGCAAUAUUAAAAACGGUAGCGGGAAAUCAGUCUGACAUCAUUCUUUCGAUCAAACCGUUCAAUAUUUCGGCGUACUAUGAAUACUAUCCUGAAAACGAUGUGGACGCUUUGACAAGGAAAAAAAUGGGACUGAGACAGGACGAUGCUGAGGAUGAGGAGUUGCCCAUUGAGGAGCAACUAUCUUUCUCUGCAACGAUUAUCAACUUUUUGCUGAUGUUCCUCAUGUUCUACUUACUCACUUGCUAUUGGCCAUCGAUUUUUAUCGCAAUUAAAGUAAAGGAAAGAACAACACGAGCUAAACUACUCCAAUUCAUAAGCGGAGCUAAUCGAUUUAUUUACUGGACGGCAUCGUUUAUUAUCGACUACCUCCUUUUGAUUCUAACAAUGUACAUAAUAGUUGGCAUAGUCGCGCUGACUCACCGACCAUACUUUCGAACGGCAGACCAGGUUGGAACUGUAAUGGUACUACUUUUGACUUACGGAUUUUCAGCCAUUCCUUUCAUAUACAUGGCGUCGUUUAUGUUUAUAAAACAUGCGACCGCAGAGGCCUUAGUAUCCGUCUAUGGAGUUUUAUGUGGAGUGAUGUACAUCGUCUACUUGCUGUGUUAUUACCUCAUCUCUUCAAACGUUCUAUCGGAUAUUAUUUAUUGGAUAAUGUUGUUUUUUGGUCCCUUCUCACUGAUCGAUUGCUUCUCUAAGAUCGCUUCAUUUCAUCUUUUCCCAGUUGAAGCUUCCAAUGUUUUCCAUUUCGAAUCAAAUGGAGUUGGUGCUAAUAUUGUGAUGAUGAUCGUUUCCGGAAUUCUAUUCCUGUCGAUGUGUGUACUAAUGGAUCAUUUAAUAUUCGAGAAAUUAAUUUAUAAAAUCAAGACGAUUGUCACAAAUCCGAUAAAAAGUCUUCGAACGACAACUGUUUUUGAUAAUGACGUUGAGGAUGAAAAACAGAAAAUUGAAAAGAUGACCGGCGACGAAUUGAAGGCUUCGAAUUUAGCGCUGCAAGGAUUAUCAAAGCUUUAUGGCAAUACAUUGGCAGUCAACCAACUCUAUCUCGGUGUGGACACAUCAGAGUGCUUUGGACUAUUGGGUGUCAACGGUGCCGGCAAAACUUCAACCUUUAAAAUGUUGACCGGUGACGAAAUAAUUUCAUCUGGGGACGUUUGGAUCCGAGGAAACAGCAUGAAAAAUAGUAUGAUCGGAGCACAAAAAUCGAUUGGCUAUUGUCCACAGUUCGACGCAUUACUGUUCGAUAUUACCGGUCGCGAAAAUUUGAAAAUAUUUUCACUGAUGCGUGGAAUUCCCAUUGACGAAAUCGAUGAAAUCAUCGAAAAUCUGGCGAAGGAAUUCGGAUUUCAAAUGCAUCUUGAUAAGAAAAUCAAAGCGUAUAGUGGUGGUAACAAACGGAAGAUUAGCGCGGCACUGUCAGUGCUUGGUGAUCCAGACAUUAUAUUCCUGGAUGAGCCUACAACUGGCAUCGACCCAUAUUCAAAACGUCAGUUAUGGUCAGUAGUCAAUAAGACACGAAAUUCUGGCAAAUCCGUUAUUUUAACCUCACAUUCCAUGGAGGAAUGUGAAGCAUUGUGCACACGCAUUGCAAUUAUGACCAAUGGAGAAUUUCGAUGCUUGGGCUCCGCACAACAUUUAAAGAACAAAUUUUCCAAAGGCUUCAAUCUCACCAUUAAGAUGAAACGAGACGAUGAAUCGGAAUUAUUCCAAAUUAACACCCGCAUUCACGAACUGUUUCCGACGGUUCAGCUGAAGGAAAAAUAUCUUGACCUAAUCACAUUCAAUGUGUCGACGGAAAAACUGAAAUGGUCUGAGGUGUUCGCUAUGAUGAGUCGAUUGAAGACGGAGAAUAUAGUGAACGAUUUCACGGUCACCCAAAUGUCCCUGGAACAGGUUUUCAUGCACUUUACGAAGGAAGAACAAAUUGAGGCUGCUUCUGUGUGAGACAUAAUAGACUGGAAUGAACAACUCUGAUGUAUGUAUUAGCCUUGAUUUCUUGUCGUCUGCAAAAUUUAUAAAUAAAACAGCAUUACAGCAUGAACAUUUGUUUAGAUAAAGUUUGAUUUGUG